AUGCUGAUCUCUGUCGACAACGCCCCUUACAUCCUGCUGGGUUUGGCAGCCGUCUACAUUCUGCUGCCUUACUUCCAGCGGUGGCGGUUGCACGACAUUCCGAGUCCCGGUCUCGCCGCCUUCACCAACCUUUGGCUGCUGCUACAGGCCCGCCAGGGCAAGCGCUUCAUCUCUGUCGAUGAGGCUCACAAGAAAUAUGGAAAAUUGGUUCGCAUUGCGCCCCGCCACGUCUCCGUAGCCGAUGAUGCCGCCAUUAACGCUAUCUACGGUCACGGCAAUGGUUUCCUAAAGGCUGACUUUUACGACGCCUUCGUCUCUAUUCGCCGUGGCCUCUUCAACACCCGCGACCGUGCGGAGCACACUCGCAAGCGCAAGACUGUUUCGCAUACCUUCUCGGCCAAGUCCAUUGGCCAAUUCGAGCAGUACAUCCACGGCAACAUCGAGAUGUUUGUCAAGCAGUGGAACAAGAUGUCCGACCUGCAGGCCAACCCCAAGACCGGCUAUGCCUCGAUCGACGCUCUGAACUGGUUCAACUACCUAGCCUUCGAUAUUAUCGGUGACCUUGCCUUCGGUGCUCCGUUUGGUAUGAUCGAGAAGGGCCAAGAUAUUGCUGAGAUGCGCAAAAGCCCCAAUGACCCGCCCAAGUAUGUCCAGGCCGUGGAAGUUCUCAACCGUCGUGGUGAGGUUUCAGCCACCCUGGGCUGCCUUCCCGCCCUCAAGCCCUUUGCCAAGUACCUCCCCGACAAGUUCUUCUCCCAAGGUAUGGAAGCCGUUGAGAAUCUUGCCGGUAUUGCCAUUGCUCGUGUCAACGAGCGUGUCAAGCCAGAGGUUAUGGCCAAUAACACCCGUGUCGAUCUCCUGGCUCGUCUCAUGGAGGGCAAGGACAGCACUGGUAACAAGCUCGGUCGCGAAGAAUUGACCGCCGAGGCUUUGACCCAACUGAUUGCUGGCUCCGACACUACCUCCAACACUGCCUGUGCCAUUCUGUACUGGUGCCUCCGCACCCCCGGUGUGAUUCCCAAGCUGCAGAAGACUCUGGACGACGCCAUCCCGACCGACAUCGACGUUCCCACCCACGCCAUGGUCAAGGAAAUUGACUACUUGCAGUGGGUUAUUUGGGAAACUAUGCGUAUCCACAGCACCUCCGCCAUGGGCCUGCCCCGUGAGAUUCCCGAGGGUGCCGGCCCUGUCGUGAUCGCUGGCCACACCUUCGGCCCCGGUGAUGUCCUCUCUGUCCCUAGCUACACCAUUCACCGCUCCAAGGAGAUCUGGGGUCCCGACGCUGAGGAGUUUGUGCCCGAGCGCUGGUCUCCCGACCGUCUGACCUCGCGCCAGAAGGCCGCUUUCAUUCCCUUCUCCCACGGGCCCCGUGCCUGCGUUGGCCGCAACGUUGCUGAGAUGGAGCUGCUGGUCAUGGGCGCUACUGUCUUCCGCCUGUUCGAAUUCCGUAUGGAGCAGGAGGGUCACAUGGAGACUCGCGAGGGCUUCCUCCGCAAGCCUCUUGGCUUGAUGGUUGGUAUGAAGCGGAGAAACCAUGCCUAA